AUGGAAAAUAAAAAAAAUCACAAAGAAUCUUCUAAUUAUGAAUCCGUCGAUUGCUUAGCACAAAACACUGUUGGUGAUUUAAUUAUAUUGUCGGACAAGGAUCAAGAAACCGAAAAACCGUGUAACCUUAAUACAAACAGUGAAAUUGUCUCUCGUUAUCCAGAACUAUUUGAAAUUUUUACCGAAUCAUCGAAAUCGAAUCUUAAUUCAAAAUCGGAAAUUAGCAGUGAAAAUAAUAUUCCACAGGAAUUAAUUGAGAAAUCAAAAAAAGAAUUUACUGGAAGUUUAUCAAAAUUUCCCGAAAAUCAUUUCGACGAGGAAGUCAGGACAAUUAAGGAAAUUUUAUUAAAACAAAAAGUUAAAGAAAAAUCUCCUCAAAUUAAAAUUGAAAAUAUCGUACCGGAAAAAUUAUCUUCUCUUCAAUUUUCUAAUAAUGAUGAUUGUAAAAAAGUUGUGAACUUGAGAAAAAGCGACAGACCAAUUUUAUUAUUUAAUACACAAACAAAUUCAAGUCUUUCGACUAUUGCCAAUAAAAAUACAACGAAAGAGCUCAAGAUUCCAAUAAAACGAAAAAAUUCCAAUGAUUCGGUUUUGGAAAAUAAUUCGAAUUCAAAGUUAAAAAAAAUGACCGAUUCAAAUGAUAAUAUAAGAGUUAAUUUGCGACAUAAUAAUACAAUUUCGAUGAAUUUGGAAAAAAAUACACAGGGCGAUGUUAAUAAGAUGAAAGUAAAUGAAAAGAACGAUAAAGUAAAAAUAACUGAGGAGAAAUAUGAGGAGAAUAGAAAGAAAAUUUUUCUAAAUGUUAUUGACACUCUGAUAGGUGUGAAAGCAAUUUUAUUUGAAAAUCGCAAAUUAGUCGAAUCAAUACAGGGAUAUUUUCAAAAUUGUUCAAUUUUUCAUACAAUUAUAUCUGACGAUGCUGUCACAUUGUUGAAUGAAGGAAUUACGAGAUGCACAAUGAGAAUUCAAUGUAACGAGAAAAGUAAAGAUUUAUUUGUCGGAGCUAAUGAAUUAUUAAUGGAAAGUGUGAAAAAUCUAAUGAAAGUCGUAAAGGAGGAGAGGGAAUAUUUAAAGCAACAAGGUUUCUUUGUUGAAAAAUAA